AUGGCUGACCAAGAAGUUUUAGUUUUGAGAGGUACCUUAGAAGGUCACAACGGAUGGGUUACUUCCCUUUCCACCACCCCAGCUCACCCAGACUUGUUGUUGUCUGGUUCCAGAGACAAGACUUUGAUCAGAUGGAAGUUGACUGGAGGUGAAGACAACCAAUACGGUGUCCCACAAAAGUCCUUCAAGGGUCACUCCCACAUUGUCCAAGACGUUACCAUCUCUGCUGACGGUGCUUACGCCUUGUCUGCUUCUUGGGAUAAGACCUUGAGAUUGUGGGACUUGGAAUCUGGUGAAUGUACCCAAAGAUUCGUUGGCCACACUGGUGACGUUUUGUCCGUCUCCAUCGCCAAGAACUUGAGACAAAUUGUCUCUGCUUCCAGAGACAAGACCGUCAAGGUCUGGAACACCAUCGGUGAAUGUAUGGCCACCUUGAACGGCCACUCCGACUGGGUCUCUGCCGUCAGAAUCUCUCCAUCCGACAACUCUUCCACUGUUAUCUCUGCUUCUUGGGAUAAGACUGUUAAGUCCUGGGACUUGUUGGACUACUCUGUCAACGCUGACUACAUUGGACACACCGGUUACAUUUCCUGCAUCACCUUGUCCCCAGAUGGAUCUUUGUGCUCCUCUGCUGGUAAGGACGGUGUUAUCAUCUUGUGGGACUUGAACUCCAACAAGACUUUGUACACCUUGAACGCCAACUCUGAAGUCCAUGCUUUGGCUUUCUCUCCAAACAGAUACUGGUUGGCUGCUGCCACCUCUUCUGGUAUCAAGAUCUUCAAGUUGCAAGAAAGAGAAUUGUUGGAUGAAUUGAAGCCAGAAUUCGCUAUUGGUGCCAAGGCCAAGGACCCAGAAGCCAUCUCUUUGGCUUGGUCUGCUGACGGUCAAAACUUGUUCGCCGGUUACACUGAUAACGUUAUCAGAGUCUGGCAAGUCAUGACCCCAUCCGCUUAA